AUGUCAGAAGCUUCUAGCAACAACAAACCUUCAUCCUUUCAAAAUCAUCAUCAACAAUUUAAUACCGAGUUAGCUCCAAAAGCCAUCGGACCAUACUCACAAGCUUGUAUAUUCAACGAGAGAUUGAUCUUUGUGAGUGGACAAAUUGGAUUGGACCCGCACACUGGCCAAUUAGUGGCAGUCGAUCAUUCCGAUCAGUUAGAGAUGGUAAAGGCUCAAACACAUCAAACCUUGAAGAAUUUGGGGAAUGUUUUGAAUGAAGCUGAUUCGGGUUUUAGUCAUGUUGUAAAGACUACAGUGUUGCUUACAACCAUGGAUCACUUUGCGGAAGUGAACAAGAUUUAUGAACAAUACUUUGUUGAUAACAAACCUGCACGUGCCUGCUUUGCUGUCAAACAAUUACCAAGAAAUGCUCUUGUUGAAAUUGAAGCAAUUGCCUACAAGAAGUAG